AUGCGAGUCAGCUCGAUCCUCUUCGUCUUCAUCGUGGAAACGAGCGUCAAAGCAGCCAAGACUGCAACACGCGCCUCGUCAUUUGCAGGCUCUACUACCGCAGCGAUCUUUCCGCCAGUUGGAGCCGACACCGCGGCAAAUUCGCUAUUCCCAAAUCCAAGCGUCGUAGGCUACGCUGGGCCAACAAUCACUGGGGACGAGGCUGCGGUAUUGCAGACCGCACCAGCUGCCCCGUUCGUUGAUUCCGUCUUCCCGCUCGUUGAACCGCAACCGCUCGAGGCAGCGCCGACUGCCUCGUUCGACAUCUUGACACAUCUCGGGUCAUUGUCACCGUUUCGAUCCCUCCCGCCAACCACGUUCGGUGUCAUAAACGCCUCUGCAGUAGUGCCAGACGACUGCACACUGACACAGGUCCAUUUACUCCAUCGCCAUGGAGCGCGUUACCCAACCAUCGGCGCGAACGAGGUUGCCGCAGCCGUGCAUGCAGCGGCAACAAGCGAAGAAGGCUUUGAAGCAACGGGACCCCUCAAGUUCUUGAACACAUGGACAUACAAACUCGGAGCUGAGAUCUUGACGCCAUUCGGGCGGUCACAAAUGUUCAACCUAGGCAUGGGAUUCCGUGUUAAAUAUGGCGAAUUGCUAAAGGAGGCGACGGAGCUUCCUGUGUUUCGAACACUUUCUGAAGGUUUCAAUAAGUUUCCGCUAUCCUACUAG